AAGGGCUCUAUAAGCAUGACGAUGCCGCGGCGACAGCACUCAUGACUGCGUCUUUCCGGAGUAGAUCAGCUUGGCUGGUAGCGAGGACAGCGAAAUACCCCUGAGCAUGGGGGUCUUUUCAUUUCAACAAGAAGUUGAAGCUGAACAUACGCAUCCCUCGCAUCCCUCGCGUCCCGCAGCAGACUGGUUCGCCCCAAUUCGGAUACCACUUCUCCGUUCCGUUGCAAAGACGGGCUGGACAACACUGCUUUCGCAUUGCGGAUACAAACGUCGCCAAGCACUUACCGUUGCUUUGAGAGCAGCUAACGUCGUACUAGAACUCUUCUCCGCACGUUGCAACCUCAGCAAGCUUGCUUCUAACCCUUGUAGUGAGACAUCCUUAAUUCUUCCAGGGCUGGAAAUUGGCGAUUGGUCCUGUCCAGGUCGCACUUCUCGGCGUCUGGACGUUCCAUCGUGCCCUGCAGCACUUGGCACUUGGCUGCUUGUCCCGCCGUGCCUCUCCGCUCGCUAUUGCAGGCCUCUAUUGUCCGCCGAGAGACACCAGCAAAAUAAGCUUCCACUGCCCAGACCCUAAUCGCAAUGAAGUGUCGACGGUUGCUGCAAGUGAACAGCACUAGGUGAAAAAGAUGGAAGACUGGCGCUCGAAGAUGGACAUACCUCUUUUUCACGGCCACAUCAAUCACAUAUAAGCCAAAAGCCAUGCCGUCAAAUGAUGUUUCCUUUCCGCACUUUUCAGAUUUUGAUCAUGUCGUGUACGAAUACUCAGCCCAUGAUGGCCGACUCGAAACGUGGAGCCCCCUUGAUGAUGGAGAGCGCGCGCGACCCCAGCCGCGUAU